GUGCGUGACGUACUGAGACGUGCGCCGUUUCCAUGGGAACUCCUUUCGACGCCUCGCCUCCGUUUGUUGCAGGAAAAGGAAGGGUAUCGAAGGCUUCCCGCGGCAGGGGCGCGCGGCGCCGCUCCUGUCUCCAUGGCAACCGCCCUCCGCGCGCCUGCGAAGCCGAGGCCCAGGCGCCGGCGGUUGCACGUUCAAGGCGGGAGGGCGGCCAUGUCGCGGCGGCGCUCUUCGGCCAGCACGAAGCUGAGCUGCCGGCAGGACCAGGCACUGGGCUGCACCAUGCGCGUCGUGCGGGAACUGGGUCCUACGGCGUUCGUCCUGCAGGAGCAGGAGGAGGGGGAGGAGGAAGAGCGCCUUCCCGCCGCGGAGCACAGGGUUUCCCUGGGGAACCCUCACUCAUGCAACUGCUUAACAUUUGUGAAAGAGAAGGACCUCUGUAAACAUAUCUGCUGGUUAUUGUUGAAAAAAUUCAAACUUCCAAGAAACCAUGAAUAUGCUUUACAGGUUGGUCUUGUUGAGAGAGAAAUCAACUAUGUGCUUCAGCAUCCACAAAUUAUUUCCCAACCCCCCAAAAAUGUGGAUUCCAUUAAGGAGGUGCAGACAGAUUCUUAUGGGUACAUUAAAAAAAAAGAAAUUGAUAAUGAGGAUGUAUGCCCUAUUUGCCAAGAGCCAUUACUCAAGAAAAUGCUUCCUGUCACAUACUGCAGAUACGGUUGUGGCAACAAUGUGCACAUAGUUUGUAUGAAGAUCUGGAGUGAUCAUCAGAAAUUGUUGGAGAAAGAUUCUUUGGUGAAGUGCCCUCUGUGCAGGGAAAAUUUUGCGUCAUUGAAAGUCAUCUUGGAGGAAUUCAUAAACUGCAAGAGACAUGUGACUAUAGCAGAGAAAACGCGUCUUGACAAACAUCUUGGAAUCCCUUGCAAUAACUGCAGAAUAUGCCCCAUUGAAGGAAACUGCUACAAGUGUACUGUGUGUAAUGAAUACCACUUGUGUGACAGAUGUUUCAGCAGCUUUUGUCAUCCAUCACAUACCUUUGCUGUACGAGAGAAACGGAAUCAAAUAUGGAGGCCAGUUGAACCUACACUAAAACUAGCAGCAUUAGAAGAAAAUCUUCGGAGUGUUAAUUCAAACGAGAUGUCUAAAGAGGAAAAGGGCAAGGAAAAGUACGGUGUAGUGUUAAGUUGCACCCCAGUACAAAUAAUAAAUUCAUUGCCCACUGUGAUGGUUAGGAAAUGUAGCAGUUUACUUGGGCCAGGUUUGCAAUGUAGACUCUGUUUGAAGGGUUUUUGCCUUGGUCAAGUUACAAGAUUUUUGCCAUGUCACCACAAGUUCCACAGGAAAUGCAUUGACAAUUGGUUGUUCAAAGACAAUGCCUGCCCCAUUGAUGGACACAUUGUCUAUAAUCCAUUAGCCUGGGAUAAUCUACAAACCAAAGAUAAAGUAAAUUUGUCAGCAUCUGAAGGAGAGAUUAAGCAAGCAAAGCAGUCAGAUCAGGAUCUUUUCAUCCCAGGCACCAGAUUGCUUUCAAGGCCAAUGAAGCCUGGUCCUGUCCUUAAGAAGACUCAGGCCAGACCUGAAGAAUGUUGUAAAGAAACAAAAAGCCAAACAGAUUUGAAGCCAAAUUUAACACUGAAUGGGUUCAGCUACAAUUCUAAAAGAGACUCUGGCUUCAACCUGAACAGCAUUCAAAAGGCCAGAAAUCUGAAGUUUUCAAGAUACUUUAAGGGUUUGGCUCUUAUUCCAAAACCUGCUGCUAUACAGAACCCAGUUGCCAGUGGUUUAAGAGGUUUAUCUAUAAAUGGGACUUCACAUUAAGAUUGUGAUGCUUUACACAUUUACUUGAGAGUCAGUCCCUCUUUUGAGUAAAUGUAUGGAGGAUCAAUACUAAAUAGUAUUUUGUUUUUAUCAACAUUUAAAAGCCUCAUCUGUUAGUAUGUUUAACUCUUUUAACAGCUUUAACAGCUUUUAGUUUAUCUUCUAGAAAAUUAUGUCAGGCUACAUGAUGCUUGUCUGAAAUAUAAAUUAAAUUUGCCAUGAAUGUGUACAGUUAUUAGAAAAACUGACUUUGUAAAUGUGUGUUUGCCAUUAUCCUGUAGUCUCUAAAGAGAUAUAAAAUCACUUGAUUUAAAUUUAAAUUUCUCUGUUCAUGGGACAUAAUGAAUAAAAAUGUUAUCUCCAGAAAAAAAGAAUAUUGUAAUUUAAAGCUUAGCUAUAAUGGCAUUGAAAUAACAGGCAUGCAUUUAAUGAUAGAUGGUUGUCUGAGAAUGAGCUGGCAAAAGACUACAUAUAAAUGCAAAUAGGAAAGCCCAAUGUAUUUUGGCAUUUCCUUAACAGUAAUGAACAACAUAUAGCAAAUUAUGCAUAAACUGAAUAGUAUAGGUUUACAGGGUUCAGAUAACAAGAGCUUUCAAACUGCCAAGGGAAGAGACAUUCCUCGAAGAGCUAAGAUCUAGUGUGUUAUAAACAGCCAAACAAAAGGAUAUUUGGGGGAUUGGUAAGCCACAUAUGGAAACUCUGCAUAUAGGGCAGAAUAUCCCCAUUUUGUUCACUAGAACUUUUUUGUGUGUGUCAGGAGUGACUUGAGAAACUGCAAGUUGCUUCUGGUGUGAGAGAAUUGGCUGUUUGCAAGGAUGUUGCUUAAGGGACACCUGGAUGUUGGAUGAUUUACCACCCUGUGAGAGGUUUCUCUCAUGUUCCCGCAUGAGGAGCUAUAGCUGACAGACAGGAAUUCACCCUGCUCCCUGUAUUUAAACUGCCCACAUUGCAGUCAGCAGUCCUGCCGGCACAAGGGUUUAACCCAUUGUGCUACCAGGGGCUUCUUCACUGGAAAUGACUGAAGUAAACUCUUGUGUUCCUGCAAGAGUUAUUAUUCAUUGGAUCAUCUGAAAAUAACUUACUAACAGACUACUCAUAUUCAUUUUCUGGCAAGUGCUGUGUUCUACAUGAGCCCUAGGGACUGGGAUCAAGAUUAUAUCGAGGGCUGAGAAUUAAAAAGUAGAAACAACUACUUCAGGAAGCUGACCUCUGCUUUUUCAGAUUUCUGGUAAUUUAUUUUCAUUGCAGCCAAAAUAGGAUUACUGUAUACAAGUUCCCCUUUCACAUUUUAUUAACUCCCUAAUGCUAUUAAGUGAAUCCUGGGCUGUCCUGUUCCUCUAAAAAGCAAUGGCUUUUGCCUUUUCUUAUUAGGUCUCUUCAUGCUCCUGAGUUAUCGGAUAUGUAUGUUAACAUUUGGAGGGUUUGUGAAGACAAAAGCUGAAAUAGGUUUGAAAUUUCCAUGUAUUUGCCAAAGUGACAUGGAGAACUGACUCAACAGUUUGCUUGUACAGUUGUGAGACUUCUCUUUUUUCUCACAUAUUUUUUCACAUAUGCGGUGAAUGUAUUUCUUGUACAUUCAAAUUUUUGGAAGAUGCAAUAGCUAAAAGCAUACAAACACAGUAGCAAAACCAAUUUAUUUGGCCAGUGGCAACAUCCUUGCUUUUAUUUUCAUCAUGUUAGUAAAAUUACAUGACUGUGCUUUCACUUGUUAUUAGCAGUGAUAUAUCUAUUUGGGCCAUGAGUUAGUCAGAUGACCUGUGAAGUACUGUAUGUUUACAAGAGAAAGAACUCUUACACGCACUGCUGCUGUCACAUCUACUACAACUCUCAAAAAGGAAAUUUAUUUCAUAAGCACAUUAUAUUUCAUUCUGAGGAAGAGGCAUAACCCACGUAAUGUAAGCUGGAAUAGUUUCAGGUGAAGAUAUUCCAGAAGAGCACAUGGAAGUUUUCUUCCACAGGUAUGAUGACUCUUAGAUCUGAAGCCUCAAGUACUUACAUGAACAAAAGAGUUUAAUGCACUAUGGAGAUUGCUCCAGUUUUAACAUGGACACAUGUAUGCAUGCCAUCUUUAAAGUUCAGAUAUUUUAGUUCAAAUUCACAUUGACAUGUUAUUCCAUCACUGGGCAUAGACAAGGUCCCUCUAUAUAUACCAAAGUGGGUGAGAAGUCACUUUGUGGCAUUGCUGAUAAGAUGGCACAAAAACGCUUUUUAACUUUUAGGGGUGGGGUUAGCUGUCUUCAGCCCCUGUAUCGGGAUGAAGACAGGAUUAAAAACAAACAAUAAAAAUAGAUGUACUCUCAAGAAUGAGUUCUGCUAUACACAUGUGAAACAUGCAGGUUCUGACUACAUGGUAGGGAAACUAGUUGAGAUAUAUAAAUGGUUGCCACCACUUAUACAACAAACUCUAAUUUGAAGUCGGGCAGUGGAGAAAUGAAUCUAUCAAUUCCAUCACCGAGUACUAAUAUAGGCAACCAAUUUUAUACAUUUUAUCAAAAGAUAACAUAUUUGUCUACUCCUGUACUCCAAGGAAAAUAUCAGCAAAGAAGUGAGUUAUGGUGUUCUUGUAGAAUAGAAUCAAUCAAGCAGGACUUUCUGAUCCAUGAAUGACUUUAAAAGUAUAAGUAGCAUUUGUGUUUGGAAGAAACCCUAAUGAACUCAGUAGCCUUUCUGCAUGCUUUUGGGUAUAGCGUUACCUGGUAAAUCAUAUUCACAUUUUAUGUGCAAUUUUGAGUAUUGCUAAUUUGAACUGCUUGGGAACAGAAGAGUUUUUAAUUUUGAAAUAUAUGUGUAUACAUGAUGAUAUAUCUAGGAAAUGGGGCCCAACUCAAUUCAUAUAGGUAAAGGCAAAGGUUUUUCCCUGACAUUAAGUCUAGUCGUCUCCUACUCUGGGGGUUGGUGCUCAUCUCCAUUUCUAAGUCAGCAUUUUCCGUAGACACCUUCAAGGUCAUGUGGCCGGCAUGACUACAUGGAGUGCCGUUACUUCCCAUCGAAAUGGUACCUAUUGAUCUACUCACAUUUGCAUGUUUUCACACUGCUAGGUUAGCAGAAGCUGGGGCUAACAGCAGGAACUCAUCCCGCUCCCUGGAUUUGAACUGCUGACCUUUCAGUCAGCAGGUUUAGCAGCUCAGAGGUUUAACCCGCUGAGCCACCGACGUUUCAUAUGUUUCAUACACACCUUAUAGACAAAUUAGAUAAUUUUAUAUGCAUAUUUUAUUUUAUUUUUUGCAAAAAAAAUAAAGUUUGUGUAUAUUGAACCAACCUCAGCCUACAACACAUAAUGUGGACAAUUUAGCAUUUUGGAGGAUUUCAGAUUUCCGGGUAAGGGAUGCUUAACCUGUAUUAAUGAAAGUACAAUGAGGUACAUUCAUGUCUAUGUAGGAAUUUGCUAAUAAAAAAAUAAUAAAAGAGCCACAAAACCCAAA